AAUACAAGCAGCCGCAACUUGCUUCUUCCUCGGCAUAUUCUUCUCCAUGCUCCCCCCCUCCAAAUUCCGAUUCCUUCAUGUCCACGAGGUACUCCGAAAGAGAGAGUAGUAGUUUUCUGCAAGCUAGAGAGAGCGAGGAGAGGGAGACAGUCCAGUAGGGAAGGCAACGGUUGCAGCAAAGAAAUCUCGAAUCCGUCGAUCGAUCGAGCGGAGCAAGAUCGCCAUUGGUGCAGAGGAGAGAGAAGGAGGAAGCAUUUUAGGGAGGAGGUGAGGUGAGGUGAGGUGGGCUAUAAAUAUAGUUGGGGAGGGGAGGGAAGACCCGGGAUUAGGCGAGGAGAGGGAAGGAAGGAGGGAGGGAAGGGACGCACCUUGGGGGGUGGGAAGGAGAAGGGAGAGCCAUGGGCGACGACGGUGGUGGUGAUGGCGGCGCCUCCUCCGCGGGAUUCUCCUACUUCGCCGUCUUCCACAACUACCCCCUCGUCGCCGCCUUGCUGGGCUUCGCCGUCGCGCAGUCCAUCAAGUUCUUCGUCACCCGGUAUAAGGAGAACAGAUGGGAUCCUAAGCAGCUUAUCGGUUCUGGUGGCAUGCCAUCGUCACAUUCUGCCACAGUUACAGCACUAGCUGUAGCGAUUGGCUUCCAAGAUGGUUUUGGCUGUGCCCUAUUUGCGACAGCAGCAAUAUUCGCAAGUGUGGUUAUGUACGAUGCUUCUGGUAUCAGAUUACAUGCUGGAAAGCAAGCAGAGGUGUUGAAUCAAAUAGUCUGCGAACUUCCUUCUGAACAUCCCUUGUCUGAAACAAGACCAUUGCGUGAACUCUUAGGCCAUACUCCAACCCAGGUUGUUGCUGGAGCUUUGCUUGGGUCUAUGCUAGCAACAGCAGGGCAAAUGUUCCUUGUAGUAUCAGGUUCUGUAUGAUGCUGUGUUUGAAGGUGGAUGGGAAUUGCUAGCAUUUGAAGGGGACUUGAGAAGAAGAAGAAGAGGCUUCUCCAGUGUCCUGUCACUUAGGUAUUGGUAAGAUUUGUAACAAUGAGAUGUUGUGGUGCUGUUGAAGUUUUGACGGCACGUGAUACAUGUAUGUUCAGGUGAUGUACUUCUCAGGAUUUUUGUACAGAAUAUUUGUUCGAUAACUUCAUUAUUCUGGUGAAAUCUAAAAUGUGAGUAUGUCAGUGAUGGUUGUUGAUCUACCAUUUUGUUA